GAUUUAUGGCUUUUUUCAUCUUUAGUAAAUUUUUAAUUACAUAAUCAUGAUAUAGACGAAAUAAUAAAGAUAUUGGAUUAUUUGUCGGUGUACAAAAAAUCAGGAUUUAGACCGUAUUUGUUUAUUGAAAAUAAUAAAUUUACGCCGAUUUAAACAAAACAUUCAAAUUUAAUUUUAAUUUUAGAUGAAACAAAGCUCGGAGGACCGACACAGAUGUAUGGUGGAUGCCUUAUGGCACUGGCAGCGGCGUGGUGUAGUAGACACCAGAUACAACACCUCGAUAAUAGUUCUAAUAUAUUUACGAAGAUUAUAUUUGUCACGGAUGGUCGACCAACAGAAGACGAUUUGAUAGCUGGACCUGAUAUUGCAGAUUCGAGCAAAGUUGAUGACACGAAAGCAAAGAUAUUACAAGAAAUGGAAAGACUAAGGAAAACUCAUAUGGAUUUGUUUUUUGUACCAGUUGGUAAUUCAGAUGUGGAUUUUCACAAGACAAUGGCGGCAAUUUCAGACGGUGCGGUACUUGACUGCAGACAAGGAAGAAGGUUGGCGAGAAGACAAUAUUUAACCACACGCUUGCUAGAUCCAUUAGGCCUUAUUGCUGGCACGCAGACACGUGGUUCUGAUUAUGACCUUUCCAGCGAAGAUAAGGUAAUUAUCAAUACAACAGACACCUAG